AUGAGCGUCCUGCCCUGCAGCUUCCUCGUCCUCCUCCUCUGCGUCCCGAUCCUCGCUGAGGCCAAACGUCAGGCCGGCCAGGAGAAACCCGAGAAACCCGAGAAACCCCGGCAGCCUCCUCCGUCGCCCCCACCGGCCAAGAGAGCCAGGAACCGCUCGGUGCCCGGUUCCGGAGAGCUGAGCACUAAGGAGGGCCACCGCUGCACCUGGCAGACGUCCGGCGAAGGCCUGGUCAGCCUGGUGGUGAACUGCAGCACCGAAGCUCAAGGAGAGCUGCAGAGGUACUGGUGCCGCUAUGCCGGUAAACCGGACCUUUGCCAGGCCUACGGGGUGAAGUCCAGCCAGUACUGGAAGCAGCUGGUGGGGAAGCUGAAGAAACGGCAGAACGCCUGCGAAGGAGAGAAAGUCCUGAAAGCCAAAACCUGCAAGAAGGCGCCGGCCGAGGCUCACAUGAAGCUCGCCCAGCGUAGCGGCGAGGACGAGAGGAAGGCAGGGAAGGAAGGAGGGAAGAAGAAAGGAGCAGCAGCCGGGAAGAGCUCGGACGGAGGGAAGGUGGAGAAGAAGAAGAAGAAGGAGGAGGAUGAAGAGGACGAGGAGGAGAAGAAGACGGAGGAGAGGACUGGGUUGGAGGAUGAGGAGGGAGUGCUGAACGACAUGGAGCCGGUGCAGAGCUACUGCAGCGAGGGAUGGCACUCGGUCUGCUCCUUCUUCGUCAAGUUCUUUGAAGGUUGAUCAGAAAGUCUGCUGAAGCGAAUUCACAAUCUGGAAACAAUGGAGGAUUCUUGUUGUUAAUCUCACGGGAAGCACCAGGCAGCUCAUUUCUAAAAGUCUUUCUCUUCAUCUUUGAGCUGCUGUCCAACCACAUCUCCCACUAAAGUUGGAUUAAAGUCACCUUAACUCGGGUUUGGUCAUAAAACCUUUUGGUUUUUCAUAAAUUAUGAACUUUCUUAUAAAUUAGGCCCCCCGGCUUCUAAUUUGCAAAGUUAUAGCGGAACGAUAAUUAAAACCUGGCAAUCUGAAUUAUAGAAAACCGUUCAAUCAAACCUGUCAGUUGUGAAUUGAAGCUGUAGUUCUUCUGGACGUCCCUGCAAGUCUCUAGAGACUCAGAGCAGCUGUUGUAGUCAGUGCAGGUGAAGAGGCAUUUUAAUGGAGUCAGACCAACCAGUCGGAUUGUUUGGACUCCAGUUUUUGUCCGUUGAGUGUACGUAGCUGUGGGAUACGUUCCAUCAUUGUUGUAGUUGUGUUUUGUUCUGUAGAAAUCAGAUGAAAACUGUCUGAACUAACAGCUAAACCCAGUGCUCUGGUGGACAGUAGUGAAUACUAGACGUGUUUUUGUGACGUGAAACUAAUGCGUUCUAUAAACGUUGUGUAGCUGUUGUGUACAAACACACUGUUCAUAGUUGGAUUUGUGGCAGUUAGACCUUCGCAGCAUUUAAAAACUAUUUUUUGAAGAAAUGUUAACACCGUUGCUGGAACUUUACAAUAAAGCGCUUACAAAAAA